UCACGAGCAGUGUUCUACUUCCAUCAUCCCCAGCAAUGGCGGUACACAACACGACGAUGCUUUUCCUGGGCCUCCUCUUGGCCGGAGCCAUCGCGGUGGCCGCCCAGAAUUGCGGCUGCUCUGCCGACCUCUGCUGCAGCAAGUACGGCUACUGCGGCACCGGCGACGACUACUGCGGCGACGGGUGCCAGUCGGGACCGUGCUACUCCUCCUCCCCCCCCUCCAACGACGUCUCGGUGGCCGACAUCGUGACGCAGAGCUUCUUCGACGGGAUCAUCGGCCAGGCCGACGGCGGGUGCGCCGGCAAGAGCUUCUACACCCGCGACGCCUUCCUGACCGCAGCCGGCUCCUACCCGACCUUCGGCCACACCGGAACCGCCGACGACUCCAAGCGCGAGAUCGCCGCCUUCUUCGCCCACGCCACGCACGAGACCGGACACUUCUGCUACAUAGAGGAGAUCGAUGGCGCGUCGAAGGACUACUGCGACGAGAACAACACGGAGUGGCCGUGCGUUGCGGGGAAGGGCUACUACGGCCGCGGGCCGCUCCAACUCUCCUGGAACUACAACUACGGACCCGCCGGGCAAAGCAUCGGGUUCGACGGCCUGAACGCGCCGGAGACGGUGGCCAACGACGUCGUCGUCUCCUUCAAGGCCGCCCUGUGGUUCUGGAUGAACAACUGCCACUCGGCCAUCACGUCAGGCCAAGGAUUCGGCGCCACCAUCCGGGCGAUCAACGGCGACCUCGAGUGCGACGGUAAGAACACGGAGACGAUGAACGCUCGCGUCGGAUACUACAAGGACUACUGCAGCCAGUUCGGCGUCGACCCUGGAAGUAACCUCACUUGCUGAGCGCCGAAUUGCUACUGCUUACAAGCGGUGAUGGGGUAAUAAAAGCUUUGCUGCAAGUGUUUGCGGCGUGCUAUAUAUUGGAAUUUGUAGUACAAUAAUGGGAAGGAGAUAAAUUCAUAUA